UGGGCUGGAGGCGGUGAGCGCGGCGCUCUCGCGCGCCCCGUGUCUCCCUCUCGCUGCCUCUGCAGAAACAGCUCCUGCCAGAACGGCGCUCGGCGCGGCGCGGCCCGAAGCGGCGGCGCCUCUUCCUGCCUCCGCGCCUCCGGAGUUGCUGGAGCUUCUUGACAGAGAAGAGCCGAGCCGGGGCCUCGGGAGGACUGGCCAGGAGAGGCGGAGACGGCUCAGCCCUUGCUGGCCCGGGCGGCCCCUGUCUCCCCGUCUCGGCUCCAUCGCUCCCCUUGCCCCUCCUUUCCGCCUCUUCUCUCGCUGCCUCUCUCGGUUUAUUUUUUCAAACCGUGUAGCCGCCAGAGGUGCGGUGCUAAAUUCUUGGAAGGGGCCCGGAUGUACUGAGGAUGCAUUACAAUUUCACUCAAGGAGGCAGUAGUGGAAAGGAUCAGUUUUUGGUGUUUGAUGCAAUAAUGGGAAUCAGGUAAUCAUCAGAAGGGAAGAAGAAAUACCGCAGAUCCACGGCUUCCUUGAAUUUUGCACGAAAUCCGCCGACCUCGGAGGAGGGAUUAAUCCAGACCCGCUGGGGGGUGUUUUGACAUUUCUUCCUCUUUGUCGCUUCUUCUCCUUUUAAAACAAUUUUUGGUCAAUGGUCAAUGAAAACACGAGGAUGUAUAUCCCAGAGGAAAACCACCAAGGUUCCAGCUAUGGGAGCCCACGCCCGGCGCACGCCAACGUGAAUGCCAACGCGGCGGCAGGGCUUGCCCCCGAGCACAUCCCCAGCCCGGGGGCGGCCCUGUCCUGGCAGGCAGCCAUCGAUGCGGCGCGACAAGCCAAGCUGAUGGGCAGCGCUGGCAAUGCCACCAUCUCCACCAUCAGCUCCACACAGCGGAAGCGGCCGCAGUAUGGGAAACCCAAGAAGCAGGGCAGCACGACCGCCACGCGCCCGCCUCGCGCCCUGCUCUGCCUGACGCUCAAGAACCCCAUCCGGAGGGCCUGCAUAAGCAUCGUGGAAUGGAAACCAUUUGAAAUCAUUAUUUUACUGACUAUUUUUGCCAAUUGUGUGGCCUUAGCGAUCUACAUUCCCUUUCCAGAAGAUGACUCCAACGCCACCAAUUCCAACCUGGAACGAGUGGAAUAUCUCUUUCUCAUCAUUUUUACUGUGGAAGCAUUUUUAAAAGUAAUAGCCUAUGGACUUCUCUUUCACCCCAAUGCUUACCUCCGCAACGGUUGGAAUUUACUCGAUUUUAUAAUUGUGGUUGUAGGGCUUUUUAGUGCAAUUUUAGAACAAGCAACCAAAGCUGACGGGGCCAAUGCCCUAGGAGGGAAGGGGGCUGGAUUUGACGUGAAGGCGCUGAGGGCCUUCCGCGUGCUGCGCCCCCUGCGGCUGGUGUCUGGAGUCCCGAGUCUCCAGGUGGUUCUGAAUUCCAUCAUCAAGGCCAUGGUCCCCCUGCUGCAUAUCGCCCUUCUCGUGCUGUUUGUCAUCAUCAUCUACGCUAUCAUCGGCCUGGAGCUCUUCAUGGGGAAGAUGCACAAGACCUGCUACAACCAGGAGGGCAUAGCAGAUGUUCCGGCAGAAGAUGAUCCUUCCCCCUGUGCCCUGGAGACAGGCCACGGGAGGCAGUGCCAGAACGGCACUGUGUGCAAGCCCGGCUGGGACGGGCCCAAGCACGGCAUCACCAACUUUGACAAUUUUGCCUUCGCCAUGUUGACGGUGUUCCAGUGCAUCACCAUGGAGGGCUGGACAGACGUGCUGUACUGGAUGCAGGACGCUAUGGGCUAUGAGUUACCCUGGGUGUAUUUUGUCAGUCUGGUCAUCUUUGGAUCCUUUUUCGUUCUAAAUCUGGUUCUCGGUGUGUUGAGCGGAGAGUUUUCCAAAGAGAGGGAGAAGGCCAAGGCUCGGGGAGAUUUCCAAAAGCUGCGAGAGAAGCAGCAGCUGGAAGAGGACCUGAAAGGCUACCUGGACUGGAUCACUCAGGCAGAAGACAUCGACCCCGAGAACGAGGACGAAGGCGUGGAUGAGGAGAAACCCCGAAACAGAGGCGCUCCAGCGGGCUUGCUUGAUCAGAAGAAAGGGAAGUUUUCUUGGUUUAGUCACUCCACAGAAACCCAUGUGAGCAUGCCCACAAGUGAGACGGAGUCUGUCAACACUGAGAACGUGGCUGGAGGAGACAUCGAGGGAGAAAACUGUGGGGCCAGGCUGGCCCACCGGAUCUCCAAGUCAAAGUUCAGCCGCUACUGGCGCCGGUGGAAUCGGUUCUGCAGAAGGAAGUGCCGCGCCGCCGUCAAGUCCAAUGUCUUCUACUGGCUGGUGAUUUUCCUGGUGUUCCUCAACACGCUCACCAUUGCCUCAGAGCACUACAACCAGCCCCACUGGCUCACAGAAGUCCAAGACACGGCCAACAAGGCGCUCCUGGCCCUCUUCACUGCAGAGAUGCUGCUGAAGAUGUACAGCCUGGGCCUGCAGGCCUACUUCGUGUCCCUCUUCAACCGCUUCGAUUGCUUCAUCGUGUGCGGGGGCAUCCUGGAGACCAUCCUGGUGGAGACCAAGAUCAUGUCUCCCCUGGGCAUCUCUGUGCUGAGAUGUGUCCGGCUACUGAGGAUAUUUAAAAUCACAAGGUACUGGAACUCCCUAAGCAACCUGGUGGCAUCCUUGCUGAACUCCGUGCGCUCCAUUGCCUCCCUGCUGCUACUGCUCUUCCUCUUCAUCAUCAUCUUCUCCCUCUUGGGGAUGCAGCUCUUUGGAGGGAAGUUCAACUUUGACGAGAUGCAGACCCGGAGGAGCACGUUUGAUAACUUUCCCCAGUCCCUCCUCACUGUGUUUCAGAUCCUGACCGGGGAGGACUGGAAUUCGGUGAUGUAUGAUGGGAUCAUGGCUUAUGGCGGCCCCUCUUUUCCAGGGAUGUUAGUCUGUAUUUACUUCAUCAUCCUCUUCAUCUGUGGAAAUUAUAUCCUACUGAAUGUGUUCUUGGCCAUUGCCGUGGACAACCUGGCUGAUGCUGAGAGCCUCACAUCUGCCCAAAAGGAGGAAGAAGAAGAGAAGGAGAGAAAGAAGCUGGCCAGGACUGCCAGUCCAGAGAAGAAACCAGAGGUGGUGGAGAAGCCGGCCGUAGAAGAGGCCAAGGAGGAGAAAAUCGAGCUGAAAUCCAUUACAGCUGAUGGAGAGUCCCCGCCCACCACCAAGAUCCACAUGGAUGACCUUCAGCCCAAUGAACAUGAGGAUAAGAGUGCCUACCCCAACCCAGAAACUACAGGAGAAGAGGAUGAGGAGGAGCCCGAGAUGCCUGUGGGCCCUCGCCCACGACCACUCUCUGAGCUGCACCUUAAGGAAAAGGCAGUGCCCAUGCCAGAAGCCAGUGCAUUUUUCAUCUUCAGCCCCAACAACAGAUUUCGCCUCCAGUGCCACCGCAUUGUCAACGACACGAUCUUCACCAACCUGAUCCUCUUCUUCAUUCUGCUCAGCAGCAUUUCCCUGGCUGCUGAGGACCCCGUCCAGCACACCUCCUUCAGAAACCAUAUUCUGUUUUAUUUUGAUAUUGUUUUUACUACCAUUUUCACCAUUGAAAUUGCUCUGAAGAUCCUAGGCAAUGCAGACUAUGUCUUCACUAGUAUCUUUACAUUAGAAAUUAUCCUUAAGAUGACUGCUUACGGGGCUUUCUUGCACAAAGGCUCGUUUUGCCGGAACUACUUCAACAUUUUGGACCUGCUAGUGGUCAGCGUGUCCCUCAUCUCCUUUGGCAUCCAGUCCAGUGCAAUCAACGUUGUAAAGAUCUUGCGAGUUCUGCGCGUGCUCAGGCCCCUGAGGGCCAUCAACAGAGCCAAGGGACUGAAGCACGUGGUUCAGUGUGUGUUCGUCGCCAUCCGGACCAUCGGCAACAUUGUGAUUGUCACCACACUGCUUCAGUUCAUGUUCGCCUGCAUCGGGGUCCAGCUCUUCAAGGGAAAGCUGUACACCUGUUCAGAUAGUUCCAAGCAGACCGAGGCAGAAUGCAAGGGUAACUACAUCACAUACAAGGACGGGGAGGUUGACCACCCCAUCAUCCAGCCCCGCAGCUGGGAGAACAGCAAGUUUGACUUUGACAAUGUUCUGGCGGCCAUGAUGGCCCUCUUCACUGUCUCCACCUUUGAGGGGUGGCCAGAGCUGCUGUACCGCUCCAUCGACUCCCACACAGAAGACAAAGGCCCCAUCUACAACUACCGCGUGGAGAUCUCCAUCUUCUUCAUCAUCUACAUCAUCAUCAUCGCCUUCUUCAUGAUGAACAUCUUCGUGGGUUUCGUCAUCGUCACCUUCCAGGAGCAGGGAGAGCAGGAGUACAAGAACUGUGAGCUGGACAAGAACCAGCGACAGUGCGUGGAGUAUGCCCUCAAGGCCCGGCCCCUGAGGAGGUACAUCCCCAAGAACCAGCACCAGUACAAAGUGUGGUACGUGGUCAACUCCACCUACUUUGAGUACCUGAUGUUUGUCCUCAUCCUGCUCAACACCAUCUGCUUGGCCAUGCAGCACUACGGGCAGAGCUGCCUGUUCAAAAUCGCCAUGAACAUCCUCAACAUGCUCUUCACUGGCCUCUUCACUGUGGAGAUGAUUCUGAAGCUCAUUGCCUUCAAACCCAAGGGUUACUUUAGUGAUCCCUGGAAUGUUUUUGACUUCCUCAUCGUAAUUGGCAGCAUAAUUGACGUCAUUCUCAGUGAAACUAAUCACUAUUUCUGUGAUGCAUGGAAUACAUUUGACGCCUUGAUUGUUGUGGGUAGCAUUGUUGAUAUAGCAAUCACCGAGGUAAACCCAGCUGAACAUACCCAAUGCUCUCCCUUUAUGAACGCAGAGGAGAACUCCCGCAUCUCCAUCACCUUCUUCCGCCUCUUCCGGGUCAUGCGCCUGGUCAAGCUGCUGAGCCGCGGGGAGGGCAUCCGGACCCUGCUCUGGACCUUCAUCAAGUCCUUCCAGGCCCUGCCGUACGUGGCCCUUCUGAUAGUGAUGCUGUUUUUCAUCUACGCCGUGAUCGGGAUGCAGGUGUUUGGGAAAAUUGCCCUGAAUGACACCACAGAGAUCAACCGGAACAACAACUUUCAGACUUUUCCCCAAGCUGUGCUGCUCCUCUUCAGGUGUGCCACCGGGGAGGCGUGGCAGGACAUCAUGCUGGCCUGCAUGCCAGGGAAGAAGUGCGCCCCGGAGUCGGAGCCCAACAACAGCACGGAAGGGGAGACGCCCUGUGGCAGCAGCUUCGCCGUCUUCUACUUCAUCAGUUUCUACAUGCUCUGUGCCUUCCUGAUCAUCAACCUCUUUGUAGCAGUCAUCAUGGACAACUUUGACUACCUGACAAGGGACUGGUCAAUCCUUGGUCCCCACCAUCUGGACGAAUUUAAAAGAAUCUGGGCAGAGUAUGACCCUGAGGCCAAGGGCCGCAUCAAACACCUAGAUGUGGUGACCCUGCUCCGGCGGAUUCAGCCCCCACUGGGUUUCGGGAAACUGUGCCCUCACCGUGUGGCUUGCAAACGCCUGGUCUCCAUGAACAUGCCUCUGAACAGUGAUGGGACAGUCAUGUUCAAUGCCACCCUGUUUGCUUUGGUCCGGACAGCCCUGAGGAUCAAAACAGAAGGGAACCUGGAACAAGCCAAUGAGGAGUUGCGGGCCAUAAUCAAGAAGAUCUGGAAACGGACUAGCAUGAAGCUGCUGGACCAGGUGGUCCCCCCUGCGGGUGAUGAUGAGGUCACGGUUGGCAAGUUUUACGCUACUUUCCUGAUCCAAGAGUACUUCCGGAAAUUCAAGAAGCGCAAAGAGCAGGGCCUUGUGGGCAAGCCCUCCCAGCGGAACGCCUUGUCCCUGCAGGCUGGCUUGCGCACGCUGCACGACAUCGGGCCCGAGAUCCGACGCGCCAUCUCUGGAGAUCUGACAGCUGAGGAGGAGCUGGACAAAGCCAUGAAGGAGGCUGUGUCUGCUGCCUCUGAAGACGACAUCUUCAGGAGAGCUGGUGGCCUGUUCGGCAACCAUGUCAGCUACUACCAAAGCGACAGCCGGAGCACCUUCCCCCAGACCUUCACCACCCAGCGUCCGCUGCACAUCAACAAACCGGGCAACAGCCAGGGUGACACCGAAUCACCUUCCCACGAGAAACUGGUGGACUCCACCUUCACCCCCAGCAGCUACUCAUCCACUGGCUCCAAUGCCAACAUCAACAACGCCAACAACACUGCCCUGGGCCGCUCUCCCCGCCCCACCGGCUACCCCGGCGCAGUCAGCACCGUGGAGGGCCGCGGCCCCCCCCUGUCUCCUGCUGUCCGGGUGCAGGAGGCAGCGUGGAAGCUCAGCUCCAAGAGGUGCCACUCCCGGGACAGCCAGAUAGCCAUGGUGUGUCAAGAGGAGGUCUCUCAGGGUGAGACCUAUGACGUGAAGAUGAGUGAAGAUGGCGAGUACUGCAGUGAGCCCAGCCUGCUCCCCACAGAGAUGCUCUCCUAUCAAGAUGAUGAAAACCGACAAUUGACACCCCCUGGGGAGAACAAGAGGGACAUCCGGCAAUCUCCAAAGAGGGGUUUCCUCCGCUCUGCCUCCCUAGGUCGAAGGGCCUCCUUACACCUGGAGUGUCUGAAGCGACAGAAGAAUCAAGGGGGAGACAUCUCUCAGAAGACAGUCCUGCCCUUGCAUCUGGUUCAUCAUCAGGCAUUGGCAGUGGCAGGCCUGAGCCCCCUCCUCCAGAGAAGCCAUUCCCCCACCACGUUCCCCAGGCCAUGUGCCACUCCCCCUGCCACGCCCAGCAGCCGAGGCUGGCCCCCGAAGCCCAUCCCCACGCUGCGGCUGGAAGGAGCCGAGUCCAGUGAGAAACUCAACAGCAGCUUCCCAUCCAUCCACUGCAGCUCCUGGUCUGGGGAACCCACGCCCUGUGGCGGGGGCAGCAGCGCCACCCGGAGAGCCCGGCCUGUGUCCCUCACGGUGCCCAGCCAGGCCGGGGCCUGGGGUAGGCCGUUCCACGGCAGUGCCAGCAGUCUGGUGGAAGCGGUCUUGAUUUCGGAAGGACUGGGGCAGUUUGCUCAAGAUCCCAAGUUCAUCGAGGUCACAACCCAGGAGCUGGCGGAUGCCUGCGACAUGACCAUAGAGGAGAUGGAAAGCGCUGCUGACAACAUCCUCAGUGGGGGCACCCAGCAGAGCCCCAACGGCACCCUCUUACCUUUUGUGAACUGCAGGGACCCGGGGCCGGACAGAGCAGGGGCCGCGGAGGACGAGCCCUGUGGGCCGGCCCAGGAGUGUCGGAGGAGCGAAGAGGAGCUGCAGGACCGCAGAGCCUACGUCAGCAGCCCGUAGUGGCGGGGCUGGGAGAUGCUGGGUUUUUUAUCUGUUUCAAUGUUCCUAAAGGGUUCGUUUCAGAAGUGCCUCACUGUUCUCGUGACCUGGAGUUAACCGGAACAGCGUCUUCAUUCAUUUCGUUGGGACAAGACGCAGAGUUGGGUGGUGUGGAGAGUCAGCUUUUCGGGGGGAAGAAAAGCAGCAACCCCAGUUUGUGUCCGCGGAGGCAGAGUGAUGAGGAGGUGGAAGGGUCAGGGAGGGAACAGGAGAAGCCCUCCCAUUGUAUUUCAGGCCCUGUGCCAGGAACCAGCAGUCGCCUUGGGCACAAAAGGGACCCUCAGCUUCCUGCGGUAGCCCUCACCGAAAGGACCUUUGUCAAACGGGUGUCUUUCAACUUUGCUUGUAAAAAAAAUCAUUUUGCACAUAUUCUGUACAAGCCUCACUGUCCCCAUAGAGCCAGGGCCCUGUAGUUUGCAGAAGGGAGCGGGCAUGACUUCCCGAGGACCCAGCCCGACCCCAAGAGGGAGGAGGAAGCAGGAAAGGGGGGGU